AUGAACGGAACGGAGGGCCCGAACUUCUAUGUGCCCUUCUCCAACGCAACGGGCGUGGUGCGCAGCCCCUUCGAGUACCCGCAGUACUACCUGGCUGAGCCAUGGCAGUUCUCCAUGCUGGCCGCCUACAUGUUCCUGCUCAUCGUGCUCGGCUUCCCCAUCAACUUCCUCACGCUCUACGUCACCAUCCAGCACAAGAAGCUGCGCACGCCUCUCAACUACAUCCUGCUCAACCUGGCGGUGGCGGAUCUCUUCAUGGUCUUCGGUGGCUUCACCACCACCCUCUAUACCUCUCUGCAUGGAUACUUCGUCUUCGGGCCCACGGGAUGCAACCUGGAGGGCUUCUUUGCCACCCUAGGCGGUGAAAUUGCGCUGUGGUCCUUGGUGGUCCUUGCCAUUGAGCGCUAUGUGGUGGUGUGCAAGCCCAUGAGCAACUUCCGCUUCGGGGAGAACCAUGCCAUCAUGGGCGUCGCCUUCACCUGGGUCAUGGCAUUGGCCUGCGCCUUCCCACCGCUCGUUGGCUGGUCCAGGUACAUCCCCGAGGGCAUGCAGUGCUCGUGUGGGAUCGACUACUACACACCCAAGCCGGAGGUCAACAACGAGUCUUUCGUCAUCUAUAUGUUCGUGGUCCACUUCACAAUCCCCAUGAUCAUCAUCUUCUUCUGCUAUGGACAGCUCGUCUUCACGGUCAAGGAGGCGGCCGCCCAGCAGCAGGAGUCAGCCACCACACAGAAGGCAGAGAAGGAGGUCACCCGCAUGGUCAUCAUCAUGGUCAUCGCUUUCCUGAUCUGCUGGGUGCCCUAUGCCAGCGUGGCGGCCUACAUCUUCACCCACCAGGGCUCCAACUUUGGCCCCAUCUUCAUGACCAUCCCGGCAUUCUUUGCCAAGACCUCCGCUAUCUACAACCCUGUCAUCUACAUUAUGAUGAACAAGCAGUUCCGGAACUGCAUGCUGACCACCCUGUGCUGCGGCAAGAAUCCGUUUGCCGAGGAGGAGGCCUCCACCACCGUCUCCAAGACGGAGACCAGCCAGGUGGCCCCGGCCUAA